AUGAGUGAUUUGGAUGCUGGAGAGGACAUGUUUGAUGAUUUUUUAAAUUCCCGUCUUGAGGAUGAUGAAACCAUAGGCCAUGAUCAAUCUGUUACUGAUGCUAUCAAUGAUGAUGAAUUUGAGAAAUUAUUGAAUGAAUCUGAGACAGAGACUGUACAAAAUGAACCGGAAAAGGAAUCAAUCAAUGUUGAUUUAUCAUCAGCAACAACAAUAACUGCAUCCACUGAAUCCGUCAUUGAAAAGAAGGAAGAACAAGUUAAAGAUGAUGAGGAAGUCAUUGAAUUUUCGUGGAGCGAUGAAGACUAUAGCAAAGACGAAACCGAUCAAGUUAAUCAAAAUAAUGCAAUUUCAGAAAUUAAAAUUCAACAAGAAAAACCAGUGACAAUUGAAAAGUCAGAAAAUAGGGAACUCUAA